ACGCUCCAGCCUUUUUUACACUGCCCCUUUCUCCCUCUCCCUCUACGGCAAGCGACCACCGGAGGCGGCGGCAGAGAUGGCGGGAUACAGAGUGGAUGAUGACUACGAUUACCUCUUCAAGGUUGUUCUGAUUGGAGAUUCCGGCGUCGGUAAAUCGAAUCUGCUGUCUCGGUUCACUAAGAACGAGUUCAACCUCGAGUCGAAGUCCACCAUUGGGGUCGAGUUCGCAACUCGUACCUUGAAUGUCGAUGGAAAGGUUAUCAAAGCUCAGAUUUGGGACACUGCCGGUCAGGAGAGGUACCGAGCUAUUACUAGCGCAUACUACCGUGGAGCAGUGGGUGCCCUCCUUGUAUAUGAUGUAACCCGACGUGCAACAUUCGAGAAUGUAGACCGAUGGCUAAAAGAACUCAAAAACCACACAGACCCGAGCAUAGUGGUGAUGCUAGUGGGUAACAAAUCCGAUCUCCGCCACCUUCUAGCAGUCCCAACAGAAGACGGGAAAUCCUACGCGGAGAAAGAAUCUCUCUACUUCAUGGAAACUUCUGCCCUCGAGGCCGUCAACGUAGAAAACGCCUUUGCGGAGGUUUUGACGCAGAUUUACCACAUCACGAGUAAGAAGCAAGUAGAAGCCGGUGAAGAUGGAAAUGCUUCGGUCCCCAAAGGAGAGAAAAUAGACGUAAAAAACGACGUGUCGGCGUUGAAGAAACUCGGCUGCUGCUCAAAUUGAGGCUUCUGGUAAGGAGAAACAUAACAUUUGAGGAUUUAGGGUUCGUUUCUGUCAUUGUUGUUUCUGUAAUAUUAUCGUCACUCUGCGCGAAAACAUGCACUUCUAUCAUAGAUGGAGGGAUUCAGACGGCCUCCGGACAAUAUCUUUGUUAAGGUUUCUGCCCGUUUUGGGUAACCAUACCGACUUCGCAGCCCUCGGUUCGGGAUCAA